AUGAAGCUUCUCUUCGCCGCCGCCCUCAUCGUGGGUUCCGUCUUCUUCCUGCUGCUGCCGGGACCCUCCGCGGCCGACGAGAAGAAGGGGCCUAAAGUCACCGUCAAGGUGUAUUUUGACCUUCGAAUUGGAGAUGAAGAUGUGGGCCGGGUGGUCUUUGGUCUUUUUGGAAAGACCGUUCCAAAAACAGUGGAUAAUUUUGUAGCCUUAGCUACAGGAGAGAAAGGAUUUGGCUACAAAAACAGCAAAUUCCAUCGUGUGAUCAAAGAUUUCAUGAUCCAGGGUGGAGACUUCACCAGAGGAGAUGGCACAGGAGGCAAGAGCAUCUACGGCGAGCGCUUCCCAGAUGAGAAUUUCAAGCUCAAGCACUAUGGCCCCGGCUGGGUGAGCAUGGCCAAUGCUGGCAAAGACACCAACGGUUCCCAGUUCUUUAUCACUACAGUCAAGACAGCCUGGCUAGACGGCAAGCACGUGGUGUUUGGCAAAGUUCUAGAGGGCAUGGAGGUGGUGCGGAAGGUGGAGGGCACCAAGACAGACAGCCGGGACAAACCCCUGAAGGACGUGAUCAUUGCAGACUGUGGCAAGAUCGAGGUGGAGAAGCCCUUUGCCAUCGCCAAGGAGUAGGGAACUAGGGGCCUCUGCCCUGUGUGUGACCAUCUGCGCCAGC